CAUACUGUUUAGCCCUCGCCUAAACAUCCUCGCUUUAUUCGUCGUCUGACUUGAGCAGUUGACGUGACGCACGUGGACUAAAACUAAAUUCAACAUGAGACCAUUAACUGAAGAAGAAACCAAAAUCUUUUUUGAAAAGCUUACGAAAUAUAUCGGCGAAAAUGUAAGGUUGUUAAUCGACAGACCUGAUGGAGCUUACUGCUUUCGCCUCCACCGCGACAGAGUAUUUUACAUCUCUGAAAAACUUCUAAAGCAUGCUGUCUCCAUUGACCGUGACAACCUUAUCAGCAUUGGAACAUGCUUUGGCAAGUUUACCAAGACAAGGAAAUUCCGCCUUCACAUCACAGCAUUGGAUUACUUGGCCCCUUAUGCUCAGUAUAAAAUUUGGCUCAAACCAACAGCUGAGCAACAGUUUGUCUAUGGAAAUCACAUAAUGAAAUCUGGUCUUGGUAGAAUUUCUGAAAGUACUGCCAAAUAUCAAGGAGUUGUAGUUUACAAUAUGGCUGAUGUUCCCCUGGGUUUUGGUGUUGCUGCCAAAGCAACCUCAGAGUGCAGACAUGCUGAGCCAAUGGCGAUUGUCUGCUUCCAUCAAGCAGACGUAGGCGAAUACAUUCGAGCCGAAGACACUCUUGUGGGUUAAACUCUGUACACUAACAGGUCAGAAUCAUUACAUCAUGUGACAAGAGUUGGGGAUUGGCCUCCAAACAUUGCGCGGCAGUCUUUGCUAAAGCAGUUUCAUCUCUUCCGCAAAUGGCUAAUCUGUAGCCUAUGCUAGCGAAAUGCACCGCAGUUGCUGCACCAAUUCCGGAGCUUGCACCUAAAACAGAGAAAAAU